AUGAACAAGCUAUACAUUGGAAAUCUGAAUGAAAACGUGACCGCAGAGGACUUGAUUAAGACCUUCGAAGACCACAAGAUUCCCUACUCUGGGCAGUUUCUAAUGAAGACUGGAUAUGCGUUUGUUGAUUGCCCGGACGACCAAUGGGCCAUGAAAGCAAUCGAAACAUUUUCUGGCAAAGUGGAACUUCACGGCAAACGAAUUGAGGUCGAACACUCUGUCCCUAAGAAACAAAGGAGCAGGAAACUCCAGAUUAGAAACAUUCCACCACAUCUACAAUGGGAGGUGCUUGAUGGUCUGCUUGCACAAUAUGGAACUGUUGAGAACUGUGAACAAGUUAACACAGAGAGUGAGACAGCUGUGGUGAAUGUUACAUACGGGACUCAGGACCAGGCCAGACAAGCAAUCCAGAAGCUGAACGGGUACCAGUUCGAUAACAACACUCUGCGUGUGUCCUACAUACCUGACGAGAGCUUGGAGAUGGACUCCGAGCGCAGCCCUGACAACGGCCGUCGCUCCGGUUACGGAGGCCGCGCCAACUCCCGGCAAGGUGCCCCUGGCACAGGGAUGCCCCCCAAGCACCAGCAUGCUGAUAUUCCUCUCCGCCUGCUUGUACCGACCCAGUAUGUGGGAGCCAUUAUUGGCAAGGAAGGAGCCACUAUUCGCAAUAUCACCAAGCAGACCCAGAGCAAGAUUGAUGUACAUCGUAAGGAGAACGCGGGAGCAGCGGAAAAGCCCAUCAGCAUCCACUCCACUCCUGAGGGCUGCUCAGCGGCCUGUCGUAUGAUCCUCGAUAUCAUGCACCAGGAGGCCAAAGACACCAAAACUGCUGACGAGGUGCCUCUUAAGAUCCUUGCCCACAACAACUUUGUAGGCCGUCUGAUUGGAAAAGAGGGGCGCAAUCUAAAAAAAGUGGAACAAGAUACCGACACCAAGAUCACCAUUUCACCGCUGCAGGAUUUGACCCUGUAUAACCCAGAGAGGACCAUCACAGUGAAAGGUGCUAUUGAAGCCUGUUGUCUGGCUGAGCAAGAGGUCAUGAAAAAAGUCAGAGAGGCCUAUGAUAAUGACAUUGCUGCCAUGAAUCAACAGACACACCUUAUCCCUGGACUAAACCUCGGAGCCCUUGGCCUUUUCCCUCCGUCUUCAUCCAUGCCUCCGCCUCCCUCUGGAAACCCUGGCGUAUGUGCUCCGUAUGGCUCUUUUGGGGCUCCUGAGCAGGAGACAGUCCAUGUGUACAUCCCAGCACAAGCAGUGGGAGCCAUCAUUGGCAAGAAGGGGCAGCAUAUUAAGCAGCUGAGUCGCUUCGCUGGAGCCUCCAUUAAGAUUGCACCAGCAGAGGCACCUGAUUCAAAAAUGCGCAUGGUCAUUGUUACUGGUCCACCUGAGGCUCAGUUUAAGGCUCAGGGAAGAAUAUAUGGCAAGCUGAAGGAGGAGAACUUCUUUGGGCCGAAGGAAGAGGUGAAGCUGGAGACGCACAUCAAAGUGGCUGCAGCUGCUGCUGGCAGAGUUAUUGGAAAGGGUGGAAAGACGGUGAAUGAGCUACAGAACCUGACUGCAGCUGAGGUGGUGGUUCCCAGAGAGCAGACCCCUGACGAACAGGACCAGGUUAUCGUCAAAAUCAUUGGCCAUUUUUAUGCAAGUCAGCUGGCCCAGAGGAAGAUCAGAGACAUUCUGACACAAGUUAAACAGCAGCAGAAAGGUGGUAUGGGAGGCCCCCAGGGUUCCCACCCACAGAACCAGUCAGAGCUUGGGCCCCAACCGGGAAUGAACCAGGAGCCCAAAAGGAAGUAACAGGCCUCCGGGGCCCCCGAACUGGACGGACGGACAGAUGGACAGACGGGAGAAACGGCGGACUGACUGAAAAGAGCGACACAGACCCAGCGGUAGACAGGGAGAAACGAACAUCAAACUGAGAGGGGAAUAAAACGAAGAAAAAUGCCUGAGAGAUAAGAAAAGCUAUAAAUAGUUUAAAAAUAGCAACAAAAAAAAAAGAAAGAAAGAAAGAAAGAACUAGGAAACAGAGACCAGAUGCCAGGUCGAGUGACUGGUGUUGGCGGGGGAUCCCUGGUGAUUUUUAAGGAGAUAGAUUUCAAUCAUGGCUGCGUGUCUGUGCCUAGAAGUUACCGUGAAUUUAAACACGCUCUGAGGACCUCAGCCAUCGCCAGUCACUCAAAUAUUUUAAGGGUGUUUUUUAAACAGAGCUAUAUGUAUAGAAAUGUUUAU